AUUGACAGGGCUUCGUUUCCCCACCAUCAUCUCUAACCAAAGGUUACAUUUAUAGCUAGCCAGGUCCUCCUAUAUGAUCAAAACCCCUAACCUUAAAUUUCUUCUGAAGGCACCCACACCACACCCUUGAGUAAUUACCUCGCUAGCUAUAUAUAUAGCACCAGAGUCUCUUUUGUGUUUUCAUAGUAUGAACCUUGAAGAGAAAGUUGAAAUGGACUUGGUUCCACAACCUGAGCAUCUCUGCUAUGUCCGCUGCAACUUCUGCAACACUGUUCUGGCUGUAGUUGGGAUCCCAUGCAAAAGGUUGUUAGACACGGUGACAGUGAAAUGCGGCCAUUGCAGCAAUCUCUCCUUUCUCAGCACCAGGCCUCCGUUGCAAGGUGAAUGCCUCGAUCCCCAAACUACCCUCACUCUCCAGAGUUUCAGCGGUGAUUUCAUGAAGGGUACUUCGUAUUCAUCGUCAUCGAGCGACCCAUCGUCUCCCAAAGCGCCAUUUGUUGUAAAACCUCCUGAGAAGAAACACAGGCUCCCAUCCGCUUAUAAUCGGUUUAUGAAGGAGGAGAUACAGCGCAUUAAAGCAGCAAAUCCUGAAAUUCCACAUAGAGAAGCUUUCAGUGCAGCGGCUAAAAAUUGGGCUAGGCAUAUCCCAAAUUCUCCACAAGCAGCAGCAUCAGUUUCUGAAAGCAGCAGCAAUGGUUUCAAUCAAAUUUUCAAGGAAUGAAGAAGAAGAGAUAUUAGUGCAGCAAGUUGCAAAGCUUGAGAUGCAGCUGGCCUUGACUGGACUGCUACAAAGAAGAUUUAAUCCAUAUUUAACGUAACUUUGAUUUGUAUCUCAAACUUUCUUAACUAUCAUCUUUUAAUAUUUUAAGUAUAUGCAUGUU